CGGGGUGGGGCGACCCGGAAGUGAGAGGACGAGCGCGGGCUGCGGGCUGAGAAGAUCUUCCUUGAUCCAAUUAUGAAAAAAUGUUCAGAAAAGGAAAAAAACGGCACAGCAGCAGCAGCUCCCAGAGCAGUGAGAUCAGCACUAAGAGCAAGUCUGUAGAUUCCAGUCUUGGGGGACUUUCCAGGUCUAGUACUGUGGCUAGUCUAGAUACAGACUCCACAAAAAGUUCAGGACAAAGCAAUAGUAAUUCUGAUACGUGUGCAGAAUUCAGAGUUAAAUAUGUUGGUGCCAUUGAAAAGCUGAAACAUAAUGAGAGCAAAAGUCUCGAGGGGCCACUGGACUUGAUAAAUUACAUAGAUGUUGCACAGCAAGAUGGAAAGUUACCUUUUGUUCCAGGUGAAGAGGAGUUUAUUAUGGGAGUUUCCAAAUAUGGCAUUAAAGUUUCAACAUCUGAUCAAUAUGAUGUGUUACAUAGGCAUGCUCUCUAUUUAAUUGUACGGAUGGUCUGCUACGAUGAUGGUCUGGGAGCAGGAAAAAGUUUACUGGCUUUGAAGACAACAGAUGCAGCCUCUGAAGAAUGCAGCCUCUGGGUAUAUCAGUGCAAUAGUUUGGAACAAGCCCAAGCUAUUUGCAAAGUGUUAUCUACAGCCUUUGAUUCAGUUUUAAUGUCAGAGAAGUCCUGAUGUUCUUCAGCAGCACUUGAUGGUGCAGCACAAGAGGCCUUUGUGUGGGGAGGAAAUGGGGCUCCUUCGUGACACCACGGACUGGCUGCAGCUACACGCAGUCCCAGAAAAAGCUCCCUGUGCAAACGAGAGCCAUGCACACUUGCACACGGUACUCUGUCAUUCCCCAAACAUAACUUGAAGAAAUCAUUCCAUCUUCAGCUGCCACGACAAGACAAGAUUUUGUAUUUAACAUGGUAUUUUUUCCCCCAAUAAUGUUUUGUAUAUUAAUGUCAAUAUUGUAGAAAUGUAAAAUAAAACUGACACUUCUAUCUCUG